AUGAAUAAAGAUGAAUCAAAGGGAAGGACCAACAAUGACGGCGGAAAUGUCCGGUACCGAGGCGUCCGCUGUCGACCGUGGGGGAAGUUUGCGGCCGAGAUUCGCGACUCGAACAAGCAGGGUCAGAGGGUUUGGCUAGGAACAUUCAACACAGCUGAAGAAGCUGCUAGAGCUUAUGAUAGAGCUGCAUAUAACAUGAGAGGUUCAUUUGCAAUCCUUAAUUUCCCACAUGAAUAUAACAUGUCAACCGGUGCCGGCUCCGGUUCGGGUUCCGGUGCCACUUCUUCUUCCUCUUCAAGGAAUGCAAAUGUGGAUGGCAGAGGAAGACAAGUGUUUGAAUUUGAGUACUUAGAUGAUAAGUUGUUGGAGGAGCUUCUUGAUUUUGAAGAGAAGAAAAAAUAA